AGCGCAAAAGCUGGUUCGGUAGUAUGGUUGCGCCCAGUUCUGGUGGUUCUGCUCAUAUCCUUAGAGAUGCUUUCGAAGCCAACUCUAAGGCUUAUUUUGACACUCUCCAUGCCAAGGAGAAGGCAAAUAAGUGAAAGCAAAAGUGUUCUUGUACUACUUAAUUAAAAAGCAUAAACAUUUGUUUGUUUAUGCUCCUUCCU